AGUCAGUGGCACUUUCAUAACAGAGCGCGCCCACUCGAGGCAAAGGAGGCGGACCGUCAGGCGUGCACCAAAUAGUAACGGAGAACCGGAGAGGCAGCAGUGCGCGCGGGACAACGCAGCUAGAGGAGAGAUAGAUAUCCAGGAGACGCUUUUUUCUUUUCUUCUUCUCUUCCACUGGAGCAAAGUGUUGCAGUUAUAUAAAUAUAUAGAGAGAGAUUUUUGGGUUUGUUCUUUUUUCCCACCUCUGUUGCGACCCUCUUCUUCCAGCUCGUCCUCUCUCGCCUCGCACGCGCGCGUCCCGACUCGUUCCGUCGCCGGUGCUUCUUCGUCGUCGGAGAUGUCCAAAAAAAGACCCGCCGAGGAGCCGGAGUCCCGGGUGGAACAGCAGCAGCACGCCGCCGCUCCGGGCACCAUGGCUCGACUCCCCCGUUUCUCACCGGAGGAAUCCGUAGAAUGAAAACGGCUUAAAAAAAAAAAAAAGAAUUACGAAUUAAUUGAAGAGAAAAUAAAGAGAGAAAAAAAAGAAGAAAAAAAGUCACCAAAAGUCGCGCGUAAAAAGAUGUCGGUUCCUCUGCUGAAGAUCGGCGUCGUGCUCAGCACCAUGGCGAUGAUCACCAACUGGAUGUCGCAGACCCUCCCCUCUCUGGUGGGGCUCAACACCACCAAGCUGUCCGCGGCGCAGGGGGGGUACCCGGACCGGAGCACCGGAGUGUUGCCGGCGAACCCGGAAGAAUCGUGGCAGGUGUACAGCUCGGCCCAGGACAGCGAGGGCAGGUGCGUGUGCACCGUGGUGGCGCCCCAGCAGUCCAUGUGUUCACGCGACGCGCGCACCAAACAGCUGCGGCAGCUGGUGGAGAAGGUCCAGAACAUGACCCAGUCCAUCCGGGUCCUGGACCAGCGGACCCAGAGGGACCUGCAGUACGUGGAGAAGAUGGAGGUGCAGCUCCGCGGUCUGGAGACUAAGUUCAGGCAGGUGGAGGAGAACCACAAGCAGAACAUCGCCAAGCAAUACAAGGCCAUAAAAGCGAAAAUGGAGGAGCUUAGGCCGUUGAUACCAGUGUUGGAGGAAUACAAGGCCGAUGCCAAAUUGAUAUUGCAGUUUAAGGAGGAGGUCCAGAAUCUGACGUCAGUGCUAAGCGAACUGCAGCAGGAGAUGGGGGCCUAUGACUACGAGGAGCUGCACAGCAGAGUGUCAAAUCUUGAGGAGAGGCUCCGAGCGUGCAUGCAAAAAUUAGCGUGCGGCAAGCUGACGGGCAUCAGCGACCCCAUCACCAUCAAGACCUCCGGAUCGCGCUUCGGCUCCUGGAUGACGGACCCGCUGGCCCCCGAAGGAGACACGCGGGUCUGGUACAUGGACGGCUACCACAACAACCGCUUCGUGCGCGAGUACAAGUCCAUGCAGGACUUUAUGACUUCGGACAACUUCACGUCCCACCGGCUGCCCCACCCGUGGUCGGGCACGGGCCAGGUGGUCUACAACGGCUCCAUCUUCUUCAACAAGUUCCAGAGCCACGUGAUCAUCAAGUUCGACUUCCGCACGUCCUCCAUCAGCAAGUCCCGGCAGCUGGACAACGCCGGCUUCAACAACGCGUACCACUACGCCUGGGGCGGCCACUCCGACAUCGACCUGAUGGCGGACGAGGGCGGGCUGUGGGCCGUCUACGCCACCAACCAGAACGCCGGCAACAUCGUGCUCAGCAAGCUGAACCCGGGCACGCUGCAGAUCGUCAAGAGCUGGACCACCAACCACCCCAAGAGGAGCGCCGGAGAGUCCUUCAUGAUCUGCGGCACGCUCUACGUCACCAACGGGUACUCGGGAGGCACCAAGGUGUACUAUGCCUACUCCACCAACUCCUCCACCUACGAGUACAUCGACAUCGCCUUCCAGAACAAGUACUCGCACAUCUCCAUGCUGGACUACAACCCGCGGGACCGAGCCCUGUACGCCUGGAACAAUGGCCACCAGGUGCUCUACAACGUCACGCUGUUCCACGUCAUCCGCUCAGAGGAACUGUAACCGCGAAUUACUGGAUUACAUUUGGUGAAUACAUAUUUGUCUGUGUGGAGAUCUCCCUAUAUACGAAAAAUAGAAAGAAAAAGACUCUAUUUAUAAUAUGAAAUGACUUUUACUGAGAGACGGCAUCGACACUGAAUGCAGAAUGGAUUGAAUGUGCAUAUUACAUCACACUGAGAAAAAAAAGACUAAAUACUCCAAACAAUUGAAGGGUUUCAUUCCAAAAUGUGAUAUAUCUGUUACAGGUACAGAUGUAAAAUGUAAAAUCAUAUCGCAGAUAAUUGUUUCAACAACAACAAAAUUAUAUAUAAAUAUUUAUUUAAUAAUUGAAAAAUAUAUAUAUUUUAUAUAAUAAUAAUAAUUAAUAUUAUUAUUAUUAUACAAUAAUAUAUAUUAUAUGUAUAAAUAAUAUAAUAAUAUGUAAUAAUAAUAUAUAUUAUAUAAUAAUAAUGAAGGUCUUACUAUAACUAAUAAUUACCCAUAGUAGACUUUAUUUUAUUAUAUUAUUUUGUCGGAGGUAUUUUAUUUUGGAAUGAAACUCUUUCAUCGUUUUUUGCCGCUUAGAACAAUGAUUGUAAAAGUUGAAAAAUAUAUCAGAUUUAAAAGAAUAAGAUGCCAGAAAAAAAAAAUGAAAAUCAUCACGCCUUUUAAAAUAUAUAAAUAUCUAUACUAUGUAAUAUCGACGUGAGCUCCGGUUCUUCUGCAGACGUCCUCCCGGCAGAACUUUUCUUGGGGGUCAACGGGGGGGGGGGCUCAAAACAAAAGACUGAUGGUAACAAACUGUUGGGGUUCCCCCCCCCCCCCCCCCCCGGCCGGAGCGCCAGAGGGUCUCGUCAGAAGAACCCGAUCGUACUUGUUUUGAUCAAGAACAGUAGCAAAAUCACAAAGUCUGUCGAGAAAACAGCAAAAACAACAAUAACAAUAUCCUAGAGAAAAAAAAGAAACCCAAAAGGCGCCGACUGUUGACGCCGCCGCCGUCUGAGACGAGUCCCUCCGUGUUCGUGACUACGUGUGAACAAGGCUUUCUUUGCAUGAGUUUUUCACUCCGGUUCUGCUCUCUUGAAUGUCUUUUUUGCUGUAUGAUACUAUGAAGAAAAGAAAAAAGGAUGGGAGGGAGGGGGGGGGGGGGGGUAGAGUACCUUUUGGGAAUUGAGGAUUUCUCUGCUUUUCUUUUCUUUAUUUUCUUCGUGUUUUUUUAUUUAUUUUAUUUUUCACUUUCGCGAUCAUCGUUUUUCUUUUUCUCGAAUGUUUCCCCGUGUAACGCAGUAACCGCCGAUAACCGUGUAUGUGGACCGCGUGGGAUGAAUCUAGAACAUCGUCUCUUCUUCUGGAGAGCAACACAAAAAAAGAAAAGAAGAGAACAACAGAAUGUACCAUCCUCCACGUCUUCACGUCAUGCUGUAGUAGGGAGAAGGUUCUCUUUUCAUUUUCUAAUGAGGAUACACCUGUCUCAUGUCAUGCCCCCCCCCCCCCUCCCAGUGAUGGAUAAUGCUGUGCAGAAGACGAAAGCUUUUCCCCCUUCUUGUGCUUUGCUGGACAUGUUGUUGUUGUAUCUGAGAUGAUGAGAUAUAGUUAAUGAUUCGUGUCAAUAAAACAGAGAAAUCUGA